UGUGACUCCAGUUUUAAUUGUCUGUCUGUCUCUUUUAACCUUACAGGCCCCUUCACAGAUGUAGUCACUACAAAUCUUAAAUUGCGAAAUCCAUCGGAUAGAAAAGUGUGUUUUAAGGUGAAGACCACAGCACCUCGCCGGUACUGUGUGAGGCCCAACAGUGGAAUUAUUGACCCAGGGUCAACUGUGACUGUUUCAGUAAUGCUACAGCCAUUUGAUUAUGAUCCAAAUGAAAAGAGUAAACAUAAGUUCAUGGUACAGACAAUUUUUGCUCCACCAAAUAUUUCAGAUAUGGAAGCUGUGUGGAAAGAAGCAAAACCUGAUGAAUUAAUGGAUUCUAAAUUGAGAUGUGUAUUUGAAAUGCCGAAUGAAAAUGAUAAAAUGGGUAAAACUCCACCAGGGAUUGCUUCAGCUGUCACUUCAAUCAGCACCGUCAGCAACACAGUUGCAACACCUGCCAGUUAUCACAUGAAGAAUGAUCCCAGGGAGCUAAAAGAGCUGAAGCAGAAUGAUAUGGAACCUAGCAAAGCUGUUCCACUGAAUGCAUCCAAACAAGACGGACCCCUGCCAAAACCGCAUAGUGUUUCUCUCAAUGAUACGGAAACAAGGAAGCUGAUGGAAGAGUGUAAGAGACUUCAGGGAGAAAUGAUGAAGCUGUCAGAAGAAAACCGACACCUGAGAGAUGAAGGCUUAAGACUUAGAAAGGUAGCGCAUUCGGACAAACCGGGAUCCACCUCAGCUGCACCCUUCAGGGAGAGUGUCACCAGUCCUCUUCCUUCUCUUCUGGUUGUAAUCGCAGCCAUUUUCAUUGGAUUCUUUCUAGGGAAAUUCAUCUUGUAGAGUGAAGCAUGCAGAGUGCUAGUUCUUUUUUUUCUCUCGACCAGAAAAAGAUUUGUUUACCUACCAUUUCAUUGGUAGUAUGGCCCGCGGUGACCAUUUUUUGUGUGUACAGCGUCAUAUAGGCUUUGCCUUUAAUGAUCUCUUACGGUUAGAAAACACAAUGAAACACACUGUUGGGCCCCUGGACAAAUUGUACAUUACCAGAUCAUCACUAGCAGGUGUCAGUUGCACAUUCUGUCCUUUAUGAGAUUCAUAAAUAAAGAAUUGUUCUUUCUUUGUGGUUUUAAUAAGA